CCGGCUUCCGGUAGACUCCUUCGAAAGCAUGGCUGCCAUCGGGGUGCACUUUGGAUACACAUGUGCCUGUGUUGCCGUAUUCAAGGAUGGGCGAGCAGAUGUUGUGGCAAAUGAUGCAGGGGACAGAGUCACUCCAGCUGUGGUCGCAUACAGAGACACUGAACAGAUAGUGGGAAUCGCCGCUAAGCAGGGCAGAAUACGAAAUGCCACCAAUACAGUUGUCAAAGUGAAGCAGAUCCUGGGCAGAUGCUAUGAUGACCCAGAUGCUCAGACACACAGAGAAGAAAGCAAAUGCAUUGUUGUCAACAAGAGUGACCUGCUCAGAUAUGAAAUCGACACGGGAGAGACAACCAAGUAUGUGUCGCCUGAAGAUGUAGCUAAAUUGAUCUUCCAUAAAAUGAAAGAGACGGCCCAGUCAGCCUUGGGUUCGGACGUGAAAGACGCAGUCAUAACAGUGCCUUUUGAGUUCGGAGAGAUGCAGAAGAAUGCGCUCAGGCAAGCUGCAGAAAGUGCCGGGUUCAAUGUGCUGAGGCUGAUCCACGAACCCACCGCUGCGCUUCUAGCUUAUGGGAUCGGGCAGGACUCACUGUUGGGAAAAAGUCAUGUGCUAGUGUACAAACUGGGAGGCACGUCGCUCAGCGUCACCAUCCUGGAGGUGAACAGCGGAAUGUACCGGGUCCUCGCCACACAGACGGAUCACAGGACAGGGGGAGAGAGCUUCACACAUGAGCUCUCACAGCACCUCGCUGCAGAGUUCAAAAAGUCAAUUGUACUUAGAGACUUGGAACCUAAAGAGGAGCUGCAUGACAUUGUCACAGUGCUGACAAUGAAGAGGGACGGUUCACUGCACGUUACAUGCACAGAGCAGAGCAGUGGCAGAUCCGAGGCUAUUACCAUAGAAACGGCUGCUGCGGCAUCUUAACCUUGAGUCACACUAUCAGCGUAAUUCCAUACAGUAACCUAAACACCUGCAUCCCAUGCUGUUUGAGGUUUUCCAGUGCUCUAGAUUCCUCUAGACCUUAGCUGAAGGAAACAAGUUAAAGUUCUUAUUCAGUUUAAGGAAUAGCUCACCCAGAAAAGAAAGUUAUUCACUUGCCCUCAUGUUGUUCCAAACCCGUUAUUUUUAUUUGGUACAAUUAUUAUUACAGCUUUUGCCAUACAACUGCCAUUCAUAGCGACAAAAGAAGGAACCAAGUAGUUCUUUGUCUUGUCUGGAGCUUGGACAAAAAUUAAUAUGGGCUUGGAAUAUCAUGAGGGUGAGUAAAAAAUAAAAUUGUCCUGUUUGUGUGAGCUAUUGCUUUAAAUUAAUAUCCAGUUUUAAUUGUGUACUCUAUUUUUAAAAAAUUUUUUUACCAGAAGUAAUCUUUUACUAUUUUUCAAGCCUGUUGUCUGUGACCAGCAGGUUUAACUGCAGUUGUUCUUACCAUGUGCCUUCAUGUACCUGCAUCACAUCAAUGGGAUUCAUAUAUGUGACAGGCAAAAUAAUUGAAGGAAUUAACAAAGCCUGUGGAGUUCACUGAUAUCAUUUAAAAAGCAUGAACAACCUUCUCAGACUGAGGAAAGACUUUCAUUUGUUGUAGAGACUGAAGAGAAGCAGGUGCAGGUGCCUGAAGAGAUACUAAUCUGGUGCAGUCACAUCGAACAGGUGCAGAAUGAUCACAUUUUUUAAAAGCUUUGUCAUCUGUAACUAGUACUCAAUAAAGAUCACCGAACACAAUAAACCCUGAGUUUAUUUUCAUAAGAUACUUGCUACAUUCACGUCAGAUUUUUGCAAUUACAUGAUUCCACAUUUUAAAAUCCACUCACAUUUUUUUAUAUAUAUGAACAUGUAGAGGUGAAUAUAGAUUGGAAAAUAUUUUGCUCUUACCAACAACAAAGCUGCACAUGGAUCUGUUUUGAUGUUGGGUUGCCAUAGUGACAAGUUUUGAGUCUGAGAAUAUCAACAUUCGACA